AUGGCGACUUCCAUGGAGUUUGGAGGCUGGCGCGAUCAGUUGAAUAAACAUCCAGUUUCUAAACUAUUAAGAGAGAACAACGCCAAGGAGUCGAUACUUAAACAUAAUAUUGAUACAAAAAGCAUUUUUUGCACUCACGGUAGUAAUUUAUUUAUAUGGGAUGCUUCUGAAGGACAAAUUCUCCACUGCAAUUUAAAAACGCUAAGCUCUCAACAUCUGCCUAGUGAAGAGUGUCAACAAGCAUCGCAACCCAGACUAGGUGGGAGCGGGAGCAACGCAAACUCUUCUAGUCCAUCAAUAUCGAAUAUUGGAAACGCUGAUUCCAAGGAUGACACGCCCCAGUUCCAGAAGCUGCUGCUGUGUGACAGGCUGUCUAUGGAUGUUGAAGGUAUCAGCCCUAAUGAGACGGGAAACUUCCUGGUGGUGUGGGGGGCUCAUGGCAUCCGGGUGGUGGAGCUGCCCAGACGCUGGGGUAAAAAUGUCAUGUUUGAAGGUGGCAAGGAGUCUGUCAGCUGCCGAACUAUUCCAGUCGGGGAGCAUAUAUUUAGUGGACAUAAAUCAUUACGGAUACGGCAGGUGACUUGGCAUCCAGGUAGCAAAACAGACUCUCACCUUGCACUCCUCACCUCAGAUAACAUGUUCAGUGUGUAUGACAUCCACGCACCAGAUGAACCCCUGACCAUAAUGAACAUCAACACAGGGGACCUGUCCCCAGCCUACUCCCCCAGUAAAACCCUGGUGGGCCCCGCACUGGGGGAGACAUCAGUGGCCUUUGACUUUGGGGCAGCCAUCACCGUCCAGCCUAAACAGAGCAGCCUCCUCAAGUCCCCCAAAGCUCAGCCUGUUGAAGUGUGGCCAGUGUACUGUGUCAGGGGCAAUGGGGACGUCCUGCUGCUCUAUUCACACCUCUCACAUUUCAGGCAGCUGAAGUUUCCAGUUCAAGGCCCCCUGGCCAUGAAUCCUCCAGCAGACGACAACUACGGAGUGGACGCCUGCUCCAUCAUUUGUCUGCCCACCCCCUUCCCUGUGGUUGUCAUCAGUACGUGCGAGGGCAGGGUCCAUCACUGUGUGCAGCUGCCUGGCUCUCUGGAGGACCAGAGCAGACUGUCAGAAGUUUCAUCAUUGUACUCAUGUCCUGUUGAACCAUCCCUGUAUGUGAUAGAGACAGCAGAGCUGGAGCUAUGCCUGAGUUUGCCCAAGUUUGAUGGGGAAACUACCAUAGAUGAUGACUUCAUGUGCCCUGUACGCUUAAAGAAAGAUUACUCCAGCCCUGACCGUUAUCACUGUGCUCAUGCCGCUGGUGUCCACUGUGUUGCUCUACCUUGGCUCAGUGUGGUACAGCAGUAUUUCUUAGAUGAAUCAGGAGAUUUCAACAUGCCAGAAGAGAAAGAGUGUGUAGUGGAGCACUUAGUGUGCACCAAACCUUUGAACUCAUGUCCAACUUCACCAAUACUUGGAUUGGAUGUUGUAAAUGACCCAUUGCUUGGCAACACCCUCCUUGUGCUUGCUAAUGAUUAUAAUUUUACAGCAUUGCCUAUAGGAUGUCAAUAUCAGCUGGUUACUAAUCUCAGUGGUUCAGGAUCUGAUCUCAACAAAUCUUUAACUCAAGAUAAAAAACCUUUCAGUGCACAAGUUCAACAAAUCCUACAGAAACGGACAUCAAAUCCUUUGCUCAUAUCUGCCAACAACACAGAACUCAGCCAGCAAGGAUGUUUUCAGCUAUUGAGUAGAGCCACCCAGAUACUGAGGGAAGAAUACAUCCAAAGACAGGAUCAUGCUAGGCAGGAAAUAGACAGGAGGAUUUCUAUAUUAAAACAACUGAAACAGCAGCACCUGAGUGAUAUGAAACAGCUAUCAGAAUCUCGUCAAUCACUCAAGGAACAUGCACACUCUAUAGCUGAAAAGUUGGAAGCUUGCCAUGAAAACCAUGAGAAACUUUUAAAACGAGUGGAAGCUGUGCUGCGUAAAGUACAGAACAGGAUACCAACCCUGUCCGAGGCUGAGAGACAAAUGCUGAAGGAACUGAAGAAAAUUAAAGAAAACAUGGAAAUGUAUGAGAGGCACAUUGAACAGGUGAGGGUGAAACAAGAAGUCCAAGACACAAAAAUGACAAAGACACCUCGUGUUGGUGGGCCAACCUUGAAGAAACGCCAGCUGUUACAGAUUCAUGAUGUGCUUAAAGAAGAAGGCAACGACAUCGAGGAUUUGAAGAAAGAUAUAGAUCGUCUGAACCUUGCUGUCACAUAAACUGACAUAAAUGCUUUUCUAAAUACCCCUUGUGUUCACAUCAUUGUAAAAUAAAACUGUAACAUGGGAAUCAAAAAUAAAAUACAAGUGGGGAAAAUUUUUUGUAAAUUGAUUUAUUUAAAUAACUCUGGAAAAAAAAGCAUUGAGCAUGCACAAGUGGUAUGAAAAAAAAUUAGCCACAAAAAUUUCUUCCAGUCUCAGGUAUAUCAUGUUGUCACAUGGAUUGUGACUAGUUUAGUGUCACUUUCCAUGUGACAGACAUCUUAUAUUUCAUAUCACAAGAUCUCCACUCAAACUGUUUAACUAAAUUUCUUAGAUUAAAUUUGUAUAAGAAGAAGCUGAUCUAAUGUUCCAAUUGCUAAGCUAGGAUAUCAAGUUAAAUAGAAAAAAAUUCUCAUGUAUAGAACCCUUAGUUUUAACAAAAAUGUUUCACUAUUUUAACUUUACAAAUAGCAGACAUU